AUGUUGGGAAUUGGGCUUUGUCUAGCUGGUGCUAGCCGUCUAAUUAUAAUGAAAUUUGGAUGCCAUCGAACAACCAGACGAUCUUGCUUAUUGCUACCAUGGUCUAUCUUUACUAUAUGAUUAUUAUCUUUUUCGGAUCAAUCUCAUUAUUCGUCUUCAUUGGCUGGUUUUUUUCCUUCACAGAUAACGAAUCCUUAUUGCACUGUUUUUGUUGGUAAGUCAGGUGAUAUUCUGCAUCCGCUUUUUGCUGAUUCGCAUGCUUCAUUGAUGAUUGCUACCACAUCCUUAAGUACCAUCCUCUAUGUAAUUGUGUACUUCAUGAGCAGGAAACAUCUUUGCCGAAUAAAAAGCAACCAAUCGCAAGCAUCAUUACGAUUAUUUGAAGUACGUCAACGUAAACUUACUAUUACAAUGGGCGUUUCCUGCGUGUUUACAUUAAUCUUCUACGUGUUACCGUUAUGCUCGAAAUUGUUGAUAGGCGAUGACGAUGACGAUCCAACAACUCACUAUUCCGAAAUAAUGCGUGCAGCAGUAACAAUUAGUUGUAAUUUGAAUCCAUUAACAAACGUAGCCGCAAUACUGAUAAGGCAAGAUGAUAUUAAAUACCGCUUAAGACAAUGCAUCCAUAAAGGCGGGAAAUGCAUCCAUAAAGGCAUUUAUAAGUGUGAUAAAAUAGCGAUUGCUUGUAUCAAAACUGCAAGUACUCUAACGGUUGGUGCAAGAAAGAACUAA